CGGACCACAAAAGGCUCUCUCUUUAUUUCUCUGUGAGAUUUUUUUAGGAUCUGAGAGAGCCAAAGAUCAUGGAGGAAAGCCAAGAACUUGCCUUGACCCAGUUGAGAAAAUCGGUCGAGAAACUCUCUUCUUCUACUGAGGUAAUCUAAUUCGACGCUUUAGUUUCAUUACAGUUUACAAAGCUUGCAUCUUUUGGCCGUUUCAUGAGUUUCACUGACAAUGUCUCGUUAGAAAAUGAGAAAUAUCUGUCAUUUGAUUUUGAUGGGUUUUAUAUGGGCUACACUGUUAAAACUCUGUCUCCAUUCUCGUCAUAGUGGUUUGUCUGAUUAGGUUUGAGCCUCCCAUCAGAAACCCUAACAGUAGAGACAGUUUAGUAAAAGUGAAUCCAUAAUCAGAAAAUCUCAUCAAUGGUUUUUGUUGUUGUUGUUUCCUCUGAAAAGGGAUAUGACAAACCAACAUUGAUGAGGUUCCUGGUGGCAAGAUCAAUGGACCCAGUCAAGGCAGCAAAGAUGUUUGUAGAUUGGCAAAAAUGGAGAGCCUCCAUGGUUCCUCCAACUGGAUUCAUCCCUGAGUCAGAAGUGCAGGAUGAAUUGGAAUUCAGAAAGGUCUGUCUUCAGGGUCCGACCAAAUCCGGACACCCAUUGGUGCUUGUCAUAACCUCUAAGCAUUUUGCUUCUAAGGAUCCAGCUAACUUCAAGAAGUUUGUUGUUUAUGCGCUAGACAAAACAAUCGCAAGUGGCAACAAUGGCAAAGAAGUUGGAGGUGAGAAAUUAGUAGCCGUUAUUGAUCUGGCAAACAUUACAUACAAGAACCUUGAUGCUCGUGGAUUGAUCACUGGCUUUCAAUUCUUACAAUCUUACUACCCGGAACGCCUUGCAAAAUGCUACAUUUUGCAUAUGCCCGGAUUCUUCGUGACCGUUUGGAAAUUCGUCUGCCGUUUUCUAGAGAAAGCAACUCAGGAAAAGAUUGUGAUAGUUACGGAUGGAGAAGAACAGAGAAAAUUCGAGGAGGAGAUCGGAGCAGAUGCUUUACCGGAAGAGUACGGUGGCCGAGCUAAGCUCACAGCAAUCCAAGAUGUUCUUCUUCCUCAGGCUGCUCCAGUAACUCUAACAAACAAUAAUGUUUAGCUCUUUAUUUUUGGAAGCAUUAACCUGAAUAUUUGUAAUGGUCAGAACAUAACUAGUGGUACAUCUCUAAAUUUCCAAAAGAAGCAAUGAAAACAUGAGAAAGUAAUGCGAAUAUAUUCAAUCUGGUGACUGAGUGCUCGCUCUUGCUUAUCUUUUCUUAUUCACAUCAUAAGUAAGCUGUAAAGCAGGAUUGAUCAACAGACCAGACUAACUUCUAGA